AUGUUUGAUAAAGUAUUUUGGACUUUUCCAUCCUGUGUUGAGGCUUUCAAGCAUUGCAAGCCAUUUGUUUCCAUCGAUGGCAUGCAUCUGUAUGGCAGAUACGAUUGCGUGUUGCUUAUAGUGAUGGCACAAGACGGCAACAUCAAUAUCCUGCCUAUUGCUUCUGCCAUUGUGGUGUCUAAGAGUAUCGAGUCAUGGUCGUUCUUCCUUACUAAUCUGAGGUGCCAUGUCACUCCACAAGAAGGUCUGCUGGUUAUCACCGACAGAUCGCAAGCCAUCAAGGCUACAUUCAGUGCUGAUGAUAGUGGUUGGCAUCCUCCUAGGGCGUUCCACGCUUACUGUAUCAGACACAUGGCCGCUAACUUCAUGACUCAUUUUAAGUUAGUCAUUUUAAACACCACUUACAGUCCAAGCAAGGCUAGGUAUGAGUGGUACAUGGAGGCCUUGAGAGGAGUGUCCCCAGGGAUUGCAGACUGGGCUGGUCAUUUCAACAAAGAGAUAUGGUUACAACACUGCGAUUGUGAUAGGCGGUUUGGUCACAUGACUACAAAUCUAUCUGAGUACAUCAAUUCAGUUCUUAAGGGUACACGAUACUUGCCGAUUUCUGCCAUCGUGUGCAUCACGUACGAACGAUUGCAGAAGUUAUUCAUCACAAAGGGCAGGGAGGCACAGUCACAGUUGGCUGCUGGAAAUUGCUUCUCUCAGAGGUUGAUGGCAUCCAUUGAGAAGAACAGAGAAGGCAUCUCGAAGAUGCGUGUUACUCAUUGUGAUAGGCAGGCUUCUGUGUUUGUCGUGGAGGAGUUAGAGUCGUUCAUGGGUUGGUCGCAAAGUUCCUUCUGUGUCAGCCUUUCAGCGGGUACGUGUGACUGUGGCCUCUUUCAGUCUCUCCACUAUCCGUGCCGCCAUGCUCUUGCCGGGUGUGCCGCUGCUAGCAUCGAGUGGGCCCCAUAUGUUCAUCCAAUUUAUAGACAGGAAGCAGUUUUCAAGGUGUACAAGAUGGAGUUCCCACCGAUACCGGAUGAGUCCUUGUGGCCAGAGUGGUAUGGGAUAAUGCUCCAUCCUAACCCACUCAUGUGCUAG